AUGAAUGUACGCCAUGUUCCAGGCAAACUAAAUGUUAUUGCAGAUGGGUUAAGCCGACAAUGGGAAGGACAGCCAAGAGAUGCCGGGCUAAACAACAGAAGCGAAUGGACAGUGAGCGAGGAUUGGGAAGCAAACUCUGGACUAACCAACGACAUCCUACUCACCGACUCAAUGACUCGGCAGAAACCAGUAAGUCUGUUACAAGAAAGAUUUGCUAACGAACCUGUUUUUCUAGAAGUCGUAGAAUCAAUAUUAGGAAUGAACACGACAAGACCCUUACGCGAUCGGAAACGAGCAAUGCACCAAGCAUCGCAAUACCUAAUAGAGGACGGUAAGUUAUGGCAUUUACGAGGAACAGCAGUGCGAGCUCGCAGUAAGGUGGAGUGUAUUACCAAGGAGGAAGCGAAACAAUUAGCCAAAGAACAGCAUGAGAACAAAGGACACUGGGGAAGAGAUGCCAUCAAGAUCACACUAACAGAUCAGAUUUAUAGUGCUGGACUUGACACAUCAAUUCUAGAGGCGAUA